AUGCAAAAAGUGCUAGUGACGAUAAAAACAAUUAAUGGAGUGCUCAGCUUUCGCCGAAACCGAGCCACCUAUUUCCAGCAACAAAAACGGUUCCCACCAGCUUUUGUAAGACGAUUUUUCCUUCGAUACCCACAAGCGCACUUGUACAUUGUGUUUGCUAUGCUAUCAUCAGCAAUGCUUGGACCAUCAAUGUAUUCGGUCUACCUCUUUAUGACCCUCAGUCAAGAGGAGUUUGAACGUUAUAGAUUUGAAAGGACUGCGGUAGUGCGCGAAAGGCAAAAAUACGGAAAAUACCUUUGGAUCCCAUUUUACUCAUCCGGAGAAAUGCCGAAGGAAGAAAUGCCGCCUAGUGAAUAA